UUCGGGGGUUGGAUCGAUGUUGGCAGCGGCGAAGGCGCGCACAGCAUCACGGGUAAAUUUGGCAAGUUGUUUUUUGUGCAAAUGGCGGAUCUAUGUUUCGUGCGGCGGUGAUCUGUGCUUGUGAAGAUCAGUUUUUUACGUAAAUAGAAUAGAAUGCCGCGCUUGGACAACCGUCUGGACUAGUUGCUUAUAACAUUAACGGACCCACGACACACCAAUUGGAUUGUCUAGCGAGAUCGUAAACGAAUUGUAGUUAAAAACUUAAUUCAUGAUGGACGACAAUAUUGACGAAUCUGAUUCUGGAUCUGAAUUUGACGAAGAUGACGAUCCAGACAAGAUUUUAGUACCGGGUGGCGGUAAAGAUUUGGCAUCGGCUGCUGGUCUACUGGAUCCACUGGUACCGCAGCAACAACAACCGCAGCAGCAGCAAAUGCCAAUACAGAAUCAGUCUUUGAUGAAGCAGGAAUUGAAGCCGGGCACGAUGUCUCAAGCUAUGCAGAGGAAUAUGAUGUUCGACAUGAUGAGGAACACUCAACAGCAGCAGCAGCAACCGCAGAUGGGUAAUUCUUAUGGGAGCAGCGCUGUCGGUGCUGGAGGCAUGGGGAGUAUGUCUGCAAUGGCUAGCAUGCUCAGCAGCCUCGGAGGCCCCAUGAAUUUAGGAAGUAUGUUAGCUGCGGGAGCUGGCGGUGGUUCUGCUGGCUCUGGUGGCUUCAAUGCUGCACAAUUCUUGCAGCAGAUGGAAAUGGCUUCAUUUGGAAUGGGCAACCAAUAUAUGCAACAUCCAUUUUUGCAAAAUUUAUCAUCACUUUUAUAUUCAACUCCCGGUGGCGCGAAUCCUUGGGGCCCUCAAUUGAGCAGCAAAGCUGUGGCUUCAAUGUGGAUGAACUCUGAUGCAAAGCAAAUGCAACCGCACGGCGAGGAAGAAGAGGUGGAUGAUGAAGAAAUGGGAGUUGCGGAGACGUAUGAAGAUUACAUGCCAUCUAAAUUAAAAUUGGGUAGAAAACAUCCUGAUCCUGUCGUUGAGACUGCUUCAUUAUCCUCUGUAGCUCCAGCAGACGUUUGGUAUAAAUUAUCUAUACCCGAUGACACAAUAAACGGAGGCCAUUUAUCUGCUCUUCAGUUGGAAAGUAUUACUUACGCUUCACAAGCUCACGAGCAUAUCUUACCCGAUGGAUCCAGAGCCGGCUUUUUAAUAGGUGAUGGUGCUGGUGUUGGUAAAGGUCGAACGAUUGCUGGUAUAAUAUUCGAAAAUUAUAUGAAGGGUAGGAAGCGCGCUAUUUGGGUUUCCGUUUCUAAUGAUCUGAAGUACGAUGCGGAGCGUGAUCUUAAGGACAUCGGUGCCGGAAAGAUAGACGUUCAUCCAUUGAAUAAAUUCAAAUAUGCGAAAAUAUCGUCUGCUAUCAACGGAAACGUCAAGAAGGGUGUUGUGUUCUCGACGUACUCGGCCCUGAUAGGUGAAUCGAAUUCGGCUGGAGGAAAAUAUAAAAGUCGUCUUAAGCAAUUACUGCAAUGGUGCGGAUCUGACUACGAUGGUUUAAUUGUGUUCGAUGAGUGUCACCGUGCUAAAAAUUUGUGUCCAGUUGGUUCCUCGAAGCCCACGAAAACAGGUUUGACUGUUUUGGAGAUACAAAAUAAGUUACCUAAAGCUCGCGUCAUUUAUGCCUCGGCCACAGGAGCGUCCGAGCCUAGAAAUAUGGCAUACAUGGUUAGACUGGGCAUGUGGGGUGAAGGAUCACCAUUCAAAGAAUUCAAUGAUUUUAUUUCUGCUGUCGAGAAACGUGGUGUAGGUGCCAUGGAAAUUGUAGCUAUGGAUAUGAAAUUAAGAGGAAUGUACAUUGCUCGACAAUUGAGUUUCCACGGAGUUGCAUUCAAAAUCGAAGAAGUUCCUUUGUCUAAAGAUUUCGAAAAGGUUUAUGAUGCAAGCGUUCGAUUAUGGGUGGAGGCUAUGCAAAAGUUUCACGAAGCAGCGGAAUUGAUAGACGCAGAAAAUAGAAUGAGGAAAACUAUGUGGGGACAGUUUUGGUCAUCGCAUCAGCGUUUUUUCAAAUACCUAUGUAUUGCAGCUAAAGUACCCCACGCUGUUGGUACGGCUCAUGAAGCUAUCAAAUGUGGAAAAUGUGUUGUCAUUGGUUUACAGAGUACCGGCGAAGCAAGAACAUUGGAACAAUUAGAAAGAGAUGACGGAGAACUCACGGACUUUGUGUCAACUGCCAAAGGAGUAUUUCAAACAUUGGUGGAAAAACAUUUCCCGGCUCCAGAUAGAAGUAGGAUUCACAGACUGUUGGGCAUUGAACCGCCCUCCAGCAAGAAAUCAGCAAAUGGUAACAAUGAUUCAGCUGCAAACAGUUCAACGGGGAAACGAAAGCCUGUGAGGCAAGCUGCAGCGAGGGCUGUAAAACGUAAUAAAUGGUCAAACUCAGAUAGUGAUAAGAGUGAUUCGGAGCGAAGUUCUGCUGGUUCUGAAUUCAAAGUUUCCGAUGGCGAAGAGUCGGAAAUUUCUGAUGGAAAUUCGGAUUCGGCUCAGAGCAGCGAUUUCAAUCCGUUCAAUAGCGACAGUGACAGCGACAACGAUCCAUGGAGCAGAAACAAGAAAAAAGGAAAGAAAACUAAGAAGGUUGUGAAAAAGAGACCUUCGACGCAAGAUAAAAUUGGCUUGCUUUUGGCACAGAAAACACAGAACAACAAAAGUAACGGUGGCGGACAAAUGGUGCGAGGUCCGAACUAUGCGCCACCUAAAGAUGCUAUCGAAAGAGCAUGCAAUAUGAAGGAGGAACUACUACAUGCUAUCGAAAGAUUGGGGGAGAAACUACCACCAAAUACUUUGGAUCAGCUUAUAGAUGAACUCGGUGGACCAGAGAACGUCGCCGAAAUGACUGGUAGAAAGGGUAGAGUAGUUCAAACAGAGGAUGGUAUACAAUAUGAAAGCAGAUCAGAGCACGACGUUCCGCUGGAAACGUUAAAUUUGACGGAAAAACAAAGGUUUAUGGAUGGCGAGAAGGAUGUCGCUAUUAUUUCCGAAGCUGCAUCGAGCGGUAUUUCGUUGCAGAGUGAUAGAAGGGUGCGAAAUCAAAGGAGGAGGGUUCACAUUACUUUGGAACUGCCGUGGUCUGCUGAUAGAGCAAUUCAGCAAUUUGGUAGAACACAUCGAAGUAAUCAAGUAAAUGCACCAGAAUAUAUUUUCUUAAUUUCUGAUCUGGCCGGAGAACGGAGGUUCGCUUCGAUUGUUGCGAAAAGAUUGGAGAGUUUGGGUGCCUUGACGCACGGUGAUAGGAGAGCGACCGAAACACGCGAUCUGAGUCAGUUUAAUAUUGACAACAAGUAUGGAAGGACAGCACUCGAAGCCACCAUGAAAACAAUAAUGGGAUACGAGAGUCCUCUGGUGCCGCCACCUCAAGAUUACAAGGGAGAUUUCUUCAAAGACGUAGCGGCCGCACUUGUCGGUGUUGGAAUAAUUGUUAAUAGUGAAGCGAUGCCUGGAGUGCUGUCACUCGAUAAAGAUUAUAAUAAUAUGUCCAAGUUCCUAAAUCGCAUUCUCGGAAUGCCCGUGGAUCUGCAGAAUCGACUCUUCAGAUACUUCACUGAUACACUUGCGGAGAUAGUUACUCAAGCGAAACGUUCAGGUCGUUUCGAUCUGGGUAUUCUAGAUUUGGGAGCUGGUGGCGAGAAUGUGAAGCGCGUUAAGACUGUCACGUUCGUGAGGAAACAUGCAACGGGCACUGCGCCAACUGAACUUCACACUGUGCACGUCGAGAGGGGAAUGUCCUGGGACGAAGCUAUCGACAAAUGGGCAGAAUUGGCGGGACCGAAGGAAGGUUUCUAUGUAUCGCAUCAAGUUCGUAAUAACAAACACACUGCGAUAUUGGCUGUGGCCGUCGAUACCGGCACCAAGAAGAAAUCGGAGAGCAAGAAAGAUCAAUUGUUCUAUGUUCAUAGACCUAAUACUGGACUGCAGUUCCGACAAGAAAGUUUAGCGGAUCUGGAGAAGAAGUACAAAAAGGUUCAAUCUGACGAAGCACAGGAAGCAUGGCAAUCGCAAUACGAUUCAUCAGUGUCGACUUGCUCUCACGCAUAUUGGCGCGGAAAUUGCCGAAACGUGAAUUUGGGGCACGAUUGUGAAGUAGGUCUGAGAAGACGUACAUACCACGUGGUUUCUGGAUCGGUGCUGUCCGUGUGGAGUCGUGUCGAGGGCGUUUUGGCCGCGAAAAAUGGUUCGCACAAUAAUAAAAUGCAAGUUAUUCGUUUGCGUACGGAUGACGGCCUCAAAAUUGUUGGCACAUUAAUACCUAAGAAUUGCGUGGAUUCUUUGAUCAAGGCGCUGUCGUCGGAUGCUGAGAACGUCGAAGAGAAGAACCACUGAAGUGUUGUAUUUAGGAACAGUGUUUGUUUUUUUUUUCCUGUGUGCGUCCAUUGAGAGUGAUUUUGCUGCACUUUAAAAAAAGAAAAGAGAGAAGAAUAAAUGAGGAAUAUUUUUCCGGCGAUGAAGAUGAAGAUAUAUUCAAUCGUGCAAGAAAAACAGGGUGUUCCGGUCACAGUAUUAAGUUAACAUAUGUUUUUUUAUUGUUUUUUUUUAAUCUUUGUUUUAAUUAGGGUGGCCGCAUAUGCUCUGUGCGCCUGUUAUUUUUCUGUUGCAAUUGUUGAUAACAGUUUUCUUCCUUUUCUCCCACCACCACCCUAUAUACAAACAAACACACACACAAAGGAAUAGCAACUAUUUUCGUCGUCUUUUGUUUUUUUUUUUUUUUUGAUUAUUUUUUAAGAGACCUGUGAGAUAUAAAUGAGAAACAAAAGGAACAAAAUAUGAAUAAAUCAAUUAGAUUUAGUUUUUAAGUAGCGAUUUGAUGAUGAUAAUGUUGACCGUGUAGGGUAAUAACCGUGGCACGAAUUUGUAAAGUCCUACCUAACUUAAAAGAUAAAAUAUGUGUGUGUUGGAUGUCGAUGCGAUGAAAUCGCGCUUAUUUCUGUUUAGACUGUAAAAAGAAAAGAGAGGAACAAGUUUCAAAGAAGCCUUUUAUUUUGCGAAAGAAGCACACAAAUCAUAUUAUUUCAUUUCUUCUGUAGAUAGAUUUAUAUACAUACUAUAUAUACAUAUAUAUAUAUAUAUACAAAAAAAACAUAUUUUUAAUAAUUGAGCAUGAAGAAAUUUUCCUGAGCUGCGAGAUUUAUUGUUUGUAGUAAAUUUUACUAUUUAGGUACAGUAUCGAAGAGAGA